UUUUCCGUUAUAAGCCAACGCUUUUAUGUGACCGAGUACAGCUAAUACAUAUUGACGGGUGGAUACCUACAUACCCAUUGUAUAGCCUCGCACUGUUACCAAUGUAAACAUGAACUGACAGGGUUCGCUAUAGAGAAAGCGAUCUAUGUCGAGGCUCUGUAGUGUGUAGCCGGUAAGCCACGAGAGUGGAAUACGGUGAGAAUAUCUGUGAACUCUUUAACAGAAACAUGUGACCUAGCCGAAUUAUCCCGUGGAUGUUUUACCUGUGAGAGACUAUGGAUGAUACCCUUAGUGUUGGGGACGUCGUGUGUCUGUACUCCUCCGAGAGUUACGGCUUCCUGUUAACCACUCAGUCAAGCUCGGUACACAACCAGCUGGCUGUAGGAAGUCGACAGGACCGUGUCCGACCAGACAUACAGGACCAACAUGUCAUAUCCUUUGAAAUAUGUGUAGCAAACCGCUACAAAUUAAACAAGAAAUACAGAAAGUUGUGCAGCAAAUUAAAUGAAGACCCAGAAAAUCUCUCCCUGCGGACAAAUACAACGCAAGCUCAGCUUGCCGCAUAUUCAGAAAAUGACGACAAUAACCUUGAACAGAAGCGACAACAAGGGAAGAAAGUGGUCUACGGACAGGUGGUUCAGUUGCGAAAUAUUUUCUCCAAGAAAUACAUCCAUGUCAGCACAACAAAGACGUCCGACACGGAGAGCAACAACAUGGCGGUGGAGUUACUUGACCACAACGCCAAACAUGGCCAGUUUAAGAUCAUGCCCCGGUACAAGGUCAAGGCUGAGGGAGAUGUGGUACAAGUAGACGAUCAGAUAGUCCUGGAAAGUGUCAAGUCUCCGAGUUCCUACCUCCAUGUCAGUAAGGGAACUGUCGGUAUCAGCUCUGUCUACUCCAAGUGCCAUGAGCUUAACCUGUCAGUACAACAGAGUGGCUUCACUAUUUACCGCAAACACAAACCUGGUGCAGAGGACGAGACUAAGGUCAAGGUGGGAGAUGUGAUACGGUUUUAUCACAAAGAGAUGGAGGCGUAUUUGGUGGCCGAGGGACUGUUUGACCAGCCUCUGUUGGAGGAUGUUCACUUACGAAUGCGUCCCAUGGACCAGACAAACCCUAAAACAUUGUUCCCCAGUACGUCGGCUGUUACUUACUGGCAGAUAGAGUUACAGGACGGACCCAUCAGUGGUGGAAUAUUGAAAUGGGAACAGCAGUGUAAGAUUAUCCACAUGUGCUCACGGAAGUACCUCACGUAUACAACAGAAAAGAAAGUGACCUUGACCUCCGACCAUGAUGAUCCACGCACUGUGUUCAGACUGCAUCCUGUCAUAAGGCUUGCAAUGAUGGAGAAUGAUGACAUUCCUGUUGACAGUUACUGCAGGAUAGAACAUGUGGUCAGUGGUUACUGGCUCCACGCCGUUAUGGCUGAGUACAAACGGAAGCAGGAGACCACAACAACCGAUACCAAGGCCAUGGGAUCUCUGAAAUGGACCUCCGCUCAGCUUAAACAGUCGGGGAAGAAGAAGAAAGGAAAAAAAGUAAAAGGCAUUCGAUUAUCUGUGGGAGCUAUACCGGAGAAACAGUAUGAUGAUGCCUUCACCAUACAGUCCGUGGAGCCGGAGUUGGUGGAGAUAUUUAACUACAUGGCAGGCAUGGUGCCCUUCAUACAGAAACUUGUCAAAGAUAAAAACAGCGGCUUAACACUGAAUGCGAAAAUGGCCCACGAUGCCCUCACUGCCUUGUCUGAGAUGAGAGAAUUCAUGGUUGUCAACAGUGUACCAAGCAAGAAACGCCAGAAGCUGAUGAGGAACCUUAGGAUUGUAGAACUACUGGUUCAGCUGUUACAAAUACCGUUUAGAGGAAGUCCCGAUCAGCUCCACCUGACCCGGAUAUUCGUGGAGGCCUACGAUGUUCUGUACACCUACCUGAUGGGAGACAGCAGGAAGAAUGAGCUCUACAUUGCCAAGUACAUUGACUUCUUCCUCUCACAGUUUGAGUACAAAGAGGGACAGAUCGGUCUGAAUGCUGCUCACAUGGUUAUGGAGCUGAUCCGAGACAACAGGAAAAUUGUGGACAGGAUAUCCCACGAACACAUUGACAAGUUUGUGGAGCUUCUUCGCAGGGACAAGAACUACCGAUACUUAGAUCUCCUCAGUGUACUGUGUGUCUGUGACGGUGUAUCAAUCGCUGACAAUCAGAAAUACAUCACCGAAGUCUGGCUCAUGAAAGGAACAAGGAACUGUGUGUUUAACACAGACCUGGGUCAGAAGAUUGGGAAGAUGCAGGGAGUCAUUUAUGUCUCCACCAACAUGUGUAAAACAUGGAUGGAACUCGCUGAAUUUGCUAAGGAAGAUGAGACUGAUGCUGAUGAUCGUCACGACAAUGACGAGACGUACUUAUUCUUAGUCCAUCAGCUGGAGCUGUUUGGUAUGCUAUGUCACGGCCAGAAUGACUUUUCCAUCAAAGUAAUCACCGAACAACUCAACUACCUUACCUGGGAUGAGGCGUUCACCUGUCUCAGUGAUCACCGCUUGCCUGACCAGCUACGUGCCCAGUACUGCGACCUCAUCAUCACCAUGUUUGUUGAUAUUGGUGACAACCAUUCUGUGAUUGACCGAGUCAAGCUGUCCUACAUCUACGAUGAAAUUGACCAGUUUGAGCAUGAUUUCGUGGAUGCUAUAGACAUCACACAGUCCACCACCUACAAGUACUUCCCGUCUAUCAGUGACUGGAUCUCCAAGUUCCUCAACAAGAACAGCGACAUGACUGCCUCAGAGAUCGGCAACAAUACGCUGGUCAAACAGGUCCUUCGAUUGGUCCACUACCUUGUGUCUUUUGGGUUCUAUUACAAAUCUGAGGAUAUCAAAAAGCUGAUGGGUCCUCUCAUGAGUCUGAUAGAUGGCCGGAAUGACAAACCCUAUCCCAAUAUCAUCGGUAAGGAAGGGGAGGAGGUGAUGAAACACUUUAACCAGACUGGCCGAUAUCAGAGGAGUCCAGAGACACAGGCAGUAGUGGACGCCAAGUGUCAGGCUCUACAAGUGUUGAACCUUUUCUUCAACUUCGUCUUUAAUUUGAGAUUGGAGAAAUUUAUGCAUUUAUUCAAAAAUACACACACUCAGGCGAAUUCGACAUCUAUACCCGCCCCUGAGCUUGGGGCUCUGUUGUAUGAGACAUUUGACCUCAGCAAGAACUUGGGCACCAAACUGGAAACUGCCAAUGAUAGAUCACACGGUGUUGGAGUUGACAAGAAUAAAUCCCCACAUUUGCUGAGGGUAUCGAAACAUGCAAUGAAGAAACUCAAUGAGAUAUUUGACGAGACUGCUUUCCUCAAAGGGUAUGACCUUGUCGACGUCCUCAAGGAUUUGUCCAAUUACCAGUACGAUGAGAUGGUACGAAUGUCCAUGCAUCUCCUCAACAGAUUCUACUCGGCUCACAACAACCUGUUUAACAGGGCCGUACAGGCACAGGUAUGUAUCACAGACAGCUCAGUAGCAGUGUAUAAGGACCUAGAAAACAUUCUGCCUAAGAUGCGACGGUACUCCACAGCCAAACUCAACGAUGACCAGACUCUGGAACUGUGUGGCAUCCUGGAGCGUCUCAACAAGAUGUGUCACCUGGAGAAUGAACCAGAGGAGCCACAUGGCAUGAACCAGUCUAUCUUGUAUAACCACGGAGUGCUAGAGGACGCCUUCACCAUCCUCACACAGGAGAUAGAUGUCAAACUCCUGCUAUCUGGUACUAUAAAAGUCAGGGAACAAUACUCGGGUCAGAGGAAGAUUUUCCAGAAGACAUUCACCCUGCUGAAGCUGAUGGCCCGCAGUAACAAACUUGUCCAGGGAAGGUUGUUUGACCGCUUGGACAUGCUUCUGUCCAAGGAAGGGGCAGGGCCGGAGUUAGCUGAGGCUCUCACAGAGGUGUUCACCGGUAACUCCAAUACCUGUAUGAAGAUCAGUGGUACCCAGGUGAUGAAAGUGAUGGGAAUCGUGGCCAAACAAAGGGAAAAUGUUCCCCAGUUCCUCGACCUCCUCAAUGCCAUUGUCAAGGUCGAAGAGCUAGACCUGCCACUAAAGCGUAACCAGGGCUUCGUGAUGCAGUACUUCAUGCAGUUCAGGUCGGACGUAGCUUUUGUCAUCGACCAGGAUGAAAAUGCUAGAUCUGGAUGGGAGAAAACUCUAACAGAAAACAACCACAAAGACCUGCAGUAUCUAAUAGCUAUGGUGGACAUGUUGGCGACGUGUGCCGAGGGUGAGAACCGCUUCAUUGAAUCCAUUUGUCAGACAAUAUUCAAAAUACCAGAGCUUUUACGGAUUCUUAACAACAAGAAAAUCACAGACAACUUGAAGCGUCCGUUCCUACGAUUCUUCAUCUGGGUGUACCUGAACACAGCUGGCGGUAUGAUAGAGAGUGGUGCUGGGGAUCUCCCCCACGACACGGCAAUGUGGGAGUACUUGAAUGGUUUAAAUGAAACCUUACGGGACACCACAGAAUUCAUCAAAACGGACCCUAACACCGUCAAACUUCUUCUCAAGAGACCGCCGGCCAAAUGUGAAGGUGGAAGUGAUAAGGGUUCGAACAAACAGGAGUUGGUCCGAGGGACCCUUCAUUAUCUGUUUGAUGGAGUGAUGCCAUUCCUGCAGAUUUUCUGUAGGAACUACUACCAACCUGAUGCCAGUAUGUUCCCCAGUGAACCUCAACAUUUGGAUGAUCUCGCCAGAAACGUCACGGACUUCAUGACAGUGGUGGCACCGCUCAUCAGUCUAGAGAAACAGAUGAAGAAUAUAGUGUCCUGUAUGACAACCGUGUUGUCAGCGUCCACCCUCCCAGUCAGUGACAUGGAGGAAUUCCAGGAGCAGUAUGGAGGCAAGAUCCAGCAGGAUGUCCGCAGUGACGCUCGUAAGAUGUACGAGGAUUUCUAUGAAACGGAAGAAGACAUCAAUUUACAACUGAAUGUUUUUGCUGUCAACAUGAAGGUGGCCUACGGUGGUAUCAAUACUGUUGAGGUACAACUAGGUCAUGGAUCUCCAGAUGUAGAAUACUCAGAACUUGGUGGUGAUGAAGAGUUGCCAUUAGGAGCAGAAUUCCAGGAUCAUCUCGCCUGCCUAAUAGAUAAACGCCAGAAAAAAACUGUUGAUAGAUACGCCAUGGCAGAAAAACUGGUCAAACAGUUGGAGAUAUCGGCGAAUUUGACUCACCUUAACGAGAAGCAAAAGCUGGAACAGGUCGAACUGGAUGUAAAAUGUCUACAGCUGCUCAGGGGACUCAUACACAAUGAGAUGAUAAGUCUUCCUGAGGACUGGGAGGGGCAGUCACAGACCCAUAAACGACAGCUUAGGGUGAUAGAGGAGGUCCAGAAUGCCCUCAACACGUAUGGUGCAGUGACCAGUGUCCUCGAGCACUUGUCUCGUCCUCAAGACAAUGUCGUGAGGGAGGUCCUCAGUUUCCUUGCUGCACUCCUCUUUAAUGGCAAUGAUGAAGUCCAGGCAAGUCUGAUCUCGUUCUUCACUGGAACAAGAGAGGAAACAUUCUUCUUUUCCAUCAAAGGGCGAAUGAACAUGUCAGCCAUCGCCACCAGGGAGAAGCGACUAUUACAAGCCAUGCACACAGCCAAGAUGGACGAAGCUAUCCAGCAGGCGAAGGCUCUGAAAAAAGCCAUGCAGACAGGACACAUGGCUACAAUGGAAAUCAUGAAGGCUAACCAGAUGAACUCCAUGCUGUCCAUGGCUAAACGGUCAAUGGCUAAUCUACAGAUUGGCUCUAGAAUGAGACUUGGAGGAUCACGACGAUCCGUAGUAGGUGGCUCACGAAGGUUGGGCAGUCGUAGUCUGAAACCUGGAACCAGCUCACAUAGUCCGAGGAGUAACAACAUGCUGAUGCCACCUAACGGUGUUGCCGGCCAGCAGGGCUCCGUCAUGAUUGGAAAUAAGAACACCAAGGUCGCUCCCAUAGUGAACCCUGAAAUUCAGGUCGAGAAUGUAGAAGAUGAGGAGUUGGAAGAACUGAUGCAGCAUGCGUACGACAUGACUGCCGACCUUGAUUUCCAUGACGAUGGCUACAUUGAGUUGGUGCUGAGAAUUCUGGGCCUUAUGUGUGACAACCAAUAUAGUGGACUUCAGGAUUAUCUACGGGAGCAGCCCGACAACAUCAAGUCUGUAAACCUGGUAGCCGAGACGACUCGCUUCCUCAACAUCUUGUAUUCCAACAUUAAUGAUCGGUCUAUGGCCCUCAUUGUCCAGCUGUUUGACACCCUCGUGGAGUUCACCUCCGGCAACCAGCAGAACCAGGCUGUGGUGUUUGACAAUAAGAUCUGUGAUUACAUCAACCAUAUAUUACGUGUGGGUGUGUUCAAGGGCUGUAAGGAGAAGGAUGUAUACAUCUUAAAGAGGUCAAUUGCAACUCUGAUCAAAUCGCUGAGUGAGGAGAACCCACCAGAUAUGAAUGAUGAUAAUCCCAUGGCUACACUGGCUAAGAAAGCCAUCAAUCUAAAGGAUUCGUUGGAUAAUCCUAAAAGCAAGUACACAACACAGAUGGUGGACCUGGAUAUACUAAAAAUGUUGCAAUCACGACCCUCGUGUAUGGAAGUGAUGGAGUACCUGGACACUGACACGCUGGUCAACACCAUGACUGAGUCCUACCUACAGAUACAGAAAGCAAAUCUGGCCACGAAUAAAGAGAGGAACAACCCUGAUUUUGAAGAGAUUAGGACGCUGGUUACUGACACAGGGUUUGCCUACUUUCACAUACUCUGUCGCAAGUUGGAUUUGGAUGAAAAGUUGGACACAACCUCGUUUAUACGAACACUAGAACAAGAAGCUGCGUGGACAUUCUUCAGUGAGAACACACUCUCCAUAGAAAUUCUAAAGGAUGAUGUGCUACAGAAGAUCUACUACAGGGUCAAGGACAAGAAAGUGCUACGUAAUGAGAUCAAGGAGAAGUUUAAGUACGAGGUGGACCGUACCUCCCCUAGCAACAAGCUGCGUGACUUCAUGGACUGGGCUAGUGACGUUAUCCAGGAUAUCAAGUACCAGAGGAAGGUGUACUCCAACAGUUUGGGCAGGCUCCUAGUCAACCUAUGGCUGCCGAUGAAUUACAUUGUACUGUUCCUUAGUUUUAUUAUCUGCGUUGUUAUCUUGGUGGUGUGGAGGGAUCCAAAAACAGUAGCAGGGGACUCCGAUACACAAUCGUCUGUUCCUGAGCUGAGUAUAGACAAUUACUACAUAUUCCUCUAUAUAGUAGGAGGGAUACACAACUUCCUGUGUUUCCUUAUAUAUGUCACGUUUCUCAUCUCCAACAGUCCAACGUUUCCACCCUGGAAUCUGUUCCUUCGCCUUGUGGGGAAGAACAAGGAUGAUGAUAUGGAGUUUAAGUCAUGGCAUGAGAAAAAGACCGACUCACAUUUAGAGGUCAAAAUCUACAGCUUCAAGUCUCUCUAUUAUCUGUGUGUCCUGGCAAUGUCCAUACUUGGGACCGUGUUCCAUGGUUACUUUUUUGCGUUCCACCUUCUCCAUAUCGCGGAGCUCAACCAACUCCUCAAGCGGGUCAUUCUGGCUGUGACAACAAAUGGAAAGUCGUUGAUGAUGGUGACCCUGCUUGGUUUAGCCAUCCUGUUCAUCUACUCACUGGUGGCGUUUGCCUUGCUUCGAGAGCAGUACUUUUUAGAGGCCGGUGGACGUCACUGUCGGACGGUGGGCCAGUGUUUUAUCACGAUGAUACAUCACGGCUUAGUGGAUAGUCCUUACACGACUAUAGAGGCAGAAAUGAACAACAAUAAUUACAAUGAUGUGCUGAUGUUGACUGUGUUUGAUGUGACGUUCUUCAUCCUCAUCACAACCAUCGGCCUCAACAUCAUAUUCGGUAUCAUCGUAGAUACCUUCUCCCAGCUCCGAGACUCCAAGUGGGAAAUUGACAAAGACAUGAUGAAUAACUGUUUCAUCUGCAGUCGGGAGAGCUACGACUUUGAGAGACAGGGUGGUGGAUUUGAAAAACAUGUGAGGGAAGAACACAAUCAAUGGGCUUACCUGUUCUUCUUUAUACACCUUGACGAGACACGCCCCAAUGACUACUCCGCCCUGGAACUCUACGUCUUUAAAAUGUUGCAGACAGCCAAGUACGAUUUCUUUCCGUUGAACCGUGCACUGAGUCUUCAGAACGAGGAGGAUACUAAUGAGAGGAAGCUUGAACAACUCCGCCUCUCCAUUGAGUACAUGGUCAACAAGAUGAAGGAAGAGGAGGCAACACGAGAACGGGAAAAGGAGAAGAGGAGGCAGUUGGCAUGGGAACAGCAGCACAGGAAAUAGAUGGCAGUGUUGCUUUAUCGACAGACCCAACUCUAAGUCCGUAAUGACCACACUUCUGCAGACAUGGCUGUGCUUGGAACUUUUUCUGUGCGCCAAUGAAACAUGAUUAUCAUUAUUCUGGUGGCUUGUGACAAUCCUUAACAAGUAUUUGUGAUAUUUUCCUUGACAAAGUAUUGUGAUAUUUUCUGUUAUAAUAAUAUAAAUAAUGUAUAUCAGCUGUGUUUCAAAAAAUUUUAUUAUAGAUUUGACUUGGCUUUUAUUAUACUCUGAUGUCAUACAAACAGAAUCCUAAGUUACAUUUAGGUAUAACCAGAUGCUUUAUCAUUAUUCGGCAGCUUUGGCAAGGAAAUGUGAAAAGGAUUUCUUUUUGGUCUGUUUAGUUUGAAACAUGAAUUGAAAACUGUAUAGCUUCAUUUUUUGGUGUUUUUUUUUCUGUUUAACUCAUCUGAUUCAAUGGUUUUUCAUGAAAAUUACAUCAGGGAUAAAGGAAGCAUUAUAUAAUAUUUAGUUUUGAAGCAAAAAUAUAUAUCAUAUGUUAAAUUCUACAAUAUAGAAAUAGACUUGUUAACUAAUUUGUGCCAAAUAAGUUCACAGAAGUAUAUUCUGUUUCAACAAUAGAUAUAUAUGUAUGGAUUCACAUUGAGUUUUGUGGAGCAAGCCUAGCUGAGUCAACCAAAAGGGUAGCUUCACUUUGAUGUAAUACAAUAGGGUUAUUGUUGUCUAGACAAAAUUGGACAAUUCAUUUAAAGAAAAACCAUGUUAUUGUAUAACCUUUAUUAAAGAUUGCUAAUGGUAGAUUUAGUGUUGCUUUGAUCCUCGACAACCUUUGAAAUAUUUUUUAACCAAGUGUCAAUAUUAGCUUUAAAUUGUUAUGACUUGGUGGUUUUUUUUGGAUUAGAAUACAUUAUGCUGUAAAAUACUUCCACAUUGCAAUAUAUUUACUUGAGCAAUAAUUCAGAUGGAGACACAGCAGCAGGUUAAAAGUCCUGUUGUUGAAAGAAUUAUAGCAAACAAUAUUUACAUUGCAGUAUUUUUUCCACAGAAAUAACUAACAUUUGGAAGUAAUAGGGUGUAACCAUGACAGUGUGAUAAUUAAAACAUCACUUCAGGUUAAAGUUGCAUUAGAUGACAUAAUUAUAUAUAUUGACGACAAUUUACAUUUGAAAAAAUAAAUAGUAUAGGUUACAAACUAACACAAUAUACUUGUGACGUCUACCACUUAUUUAUAAAACAAUGCUCUAUUAUUUUUACUUUUCUAUUUAUAGAAGUGAACCUGUUGUCAGAAUGUUUAUUUUUGUAUCAUUCUGCUGACAACUAGCCACUUUUGUAAUGAUGCUUGACAUAUUUAUAGAAAUAUAUAAAGCUUGUGGUUUUAUGAAAUUACUGAAAAGUGUUGUAUUGAAUUUUAAGGGUGUGACUGGUAUAAACUGAAUUACAAUCAUGGUCAUAUGUCGUUCAAUUAUUUUUAUGAAUUUUUGAUCAAUAUGAAAAUUAUUUAUUCUGAUUUAUCUUGAGUGUUGUUUUCUAUAUUUAUUUCUUGAAACUGUCACUGUCACAUUUGUUGAAUGAAUGUUUUAUCGUUUUUGAUGAGUGUGAAUUCUUUAAAAAUUCUUCAAUUGUCUUAAUAUGAUUAAUUUAAUUGUACACAUUCAAGUUUAUGUAAAGGCAAAUUAAUGUUACUCUAUGUAGUAGAUCCUGUAUAACCAUGAAAUCUGUAUCAAUGGUACAUUGAACAAUUCCCCAUUGUGUAUCAAAAUUUCUACAGAACUUGAGCGUGCAGAAAGGGUAAAAACAUACUGACAACACAAAUCGAUUCUACAAUCAUGAAACAUUACCUAAUCACAAAUAGAAGCCAGAUAAGAGAAAAAAGUUUAUAUAAGAAAAUGUGAAACAUUGUGAAGUGCUCGGAUCUAUUUGAUGUGACUUAAAAAGGUUGAUGAGUAUGAUUCAUUAUUAUUGUUAUUUUGUUCUUGUUUAUUUUGAGAAAACUACUGUGUUCUGAUAUACUUUGCUGACCUCUGCUGGUAUGUUUUUUCCAUUGUUCAGUCAUUACUUAAAGUAGGGAGAAAAUAAAAGACCUAGAAAAUAUACAUGUAAAACAUGUUAUUGCUGUAAACCAACAAUUUUUGAAAGGUUUGAGUAUUAUUUUCAGUAACCGACCCAGCAAAAUGUUGUGUCACCUAAAUGAACAGUUCAGUAAAAUAAUGCUGUGAUAAUUAAUCCACCUCCAUUAUACUAAUGAUAUAAAUACUACAUUACUGGGAAUUAAUCCACCUCCAUAAUACUAAUGAUAUAAAUACUACAGUACUGGGAAUUAAUCCACCUCCAUUAUACUAAUGAUAUAAAUACUACAGUACUGGGAAUUUACCAUAUUUCGAGAAUGGUAUAUUAUUUUGCCUCAUUUAUUCAACGUAUUUAUUAAAGAUUAUUUGAAUAACAGGAUAUUGUUGUUCUGAUAUGAGAACACUUUAUAAUAACUAGUUUAAAUUAAAGUACAUAUAUGUUGAUGAAAACUCCAAAUGAAAACCCAUAUACCUAUGUAUAGAUUUAUAUAAAUGUUGUCUCUAUUUUCUGCACAGAAACUUGUCAUGUGUCCUGAUCGCAAUCUACUACUAUUAAAUGGCUUACUUUUCGUGGAAACCGAAAUGUAUAUAACCCUAUGGUAUAUAAUGCAGGGUUAUGUUUGUGUCAAAUCACGAUAUAUAUUUGAAUUUGACCCUCAGUUAUCUUUAUUGAAACAUCUAGUCUAUUUGCUUUAGUUAUAUAUAGUGUAUGAACCCAAUGCUCAACCUGCCUUUCUGAUUACGUACCACUAACAAAAAAAUAUUCUUUUCUCAAUAAAUUCAAUCCAAAAUAUCUCGGUCUAUAUUAACAAAUUACAGUUGUAACAGCUGUGUUAAAUAGAAGGAAAUAUAGGAUGGCCACGAGAUAUAUCGUUUACAUUUGGUACAAGUCAUUACCAGGUUAUAUAUAAAGCAUACACCUCUGUAGCUUGAUUUUAGGUUUUAUUGGUACUGUACAAGGUAGUUACGACAAACCUUGAAUCUGUACUUGGAUAUUUAACAUGGUUUUGUUGGGUAGAUCUUCAUUUGUUCUUGUCAACUUGUAUCAGCAUUAUAACCAUUGACCUCUGUAUUUGGAUGGUACGGCCCUUACCAAUGGUGGAAUGGUGAAUAUCAGACGAGAAAAUGUUUAAACGUACCCGUAUAUGAAAUUCUUUAAAUGGUUCAAUUUUAUAAUAAUAUGUGUAUCUGAUCACGGUAAUUCUGUCAGUCCUCUAUGGGUAAUACUAAAUAUGCAUUUCCUCACGCCAUGAACUAGCAUUUGAAGUUUUAAUAGAUCACGUUAAAAUGCAGAGCGGUCCUCUACUAGGAAAGUUUUAUGUUCAGUGACUGAAAACAGCUCCUUUAUCCAGUUAUUGUUACAUUGUAACUGUAGAAUGUGUUUUUUUUCAGUGAUAUAUUUAUAAAUUGUGCCCAUGUUUAUCGAGCCUUUUUGUCGUGGACUCUGACUUUUUCCAAUAAAACCUACCUUGACUUCUA